AUGGAGUUGUCUCGAAAGGGUCUAUUGUUCAUCAACGUAGAAACGGCUUUGGGAGGAAGUAGCAUCAUGUCCUAUCUUAGCAUUUUAUCCAGCGACAUCAUCAACAAAAUUGCAAGUCACCUUAACGAAGCGGACCGCCGGAGCCUGGAAGAGGCUCACUAUUUUCCUAUAGGGAAGCCGACACCAAACCCAAAAUCCAUGGAUCGCUUCAAGACGGUCAAGAUCUCCUUGUUCAAGCUCAGCAUAGACACAUUCGACAAGCUCACUAGAAACACCACCAUCGCGUCCGCAAUUCAACACCUCACCAUCGGCACAGAAACCUUGGACCAGUUCCACCAUCUCAUUACCGACGAGAAGAUCACAGAGCAGCAGCGCGAAGCUUACAGCGCCCUGAUUGCAGAAGAAGCAGCAUCCAAUGCCAAUCUCGCAACGACCUUGCACAACAUAACCACCGCACGCCUAUCCAGCCUAAAGUCAAUCUCCAUUGAAGAUCGCCCUGCGCACCACAGCCUGGGAUCCUGCAAGAACGAGCCGCUUCGCAAUCUAGCUUACUAUGAGAUCAAGCAUCUCACUGGCAUCGAUCUGCGCUGGAAUGGACCCUAUGCUGCUCUUGAUACUCCAUCUAGUGUAGACCUUCCCGCCUUUCCGAUCGCAAGUCGUGUUCACGCCUACACAACUGUCUUCACCAUCUUACAAGCCCUUCCAGCGUCUGAGAAGCACGUAAAUCUUGACAUUGUUAUGCGCGGAUACUAUGGCUGUGAGGGGGUAGAUGCCGAAUGCAGGGGCUUCAUGCCUGAAGUCUUUGACGCUGGUGAUUCUUUGUUCGAGUGCGCGAUUGGGACGCAGCUUCGGAGUAUGUCGGUGGAUAUGUGUGGAGCAGAGAGUGUUUGGCUGAGUAGGUUGAAGACUUUGGUUGCGCUGCGGUGUGGUGUUGUGGUGAGGCGGGAGGGCGGUGAGGGCGAAGCUGCGAUGUAG